AUGGACGUACUAGGAAAUCCAAAUGAGAUCCGUGAUGACUGGGCAGCAAGAGAAAACAUUGAAAUAAUUUGCACAAGCAUAAAGACUGUUGUAGAAUUCCUUAAUAGGUUUCACUCGUCCUGCCGACUUCGCUUGGCAGAGCUGGACAAUCGCCUAAAGCGCAUUGAAAAGACGCUUGACCUAAUGGAUGCUAACCUGAAUUACAACGUCUCCGUUCAGGGCCAGCUCCAAAGUUCUAACUUAAAUUCAAGUGAACCGCGGUAA